UUCUAGCAGUGACGCCUUCGGGUUGUGCAAAGCCUGGGAACAUUGAGGGCAUUAGGACCACGAGCGAGACGCUCGCUUGGCUCUGGGCUGUGUCUGGCAGAGGGCUCUCCGCUGAGCAGAGCUAUGUGUGAAAGGAAAUCAGGCACUGCCUGCCGGCUUUACAUCUGUUGAUCUGACCUGACUUGAAGCGUCCAAAGAGGGACGGCUGUCAGCUCUGCUGCACUGAAAACCCACCAGCUCACCCCAGACAUCUCAGAGCAGCCUGACCAUUCAUGCAAAGGGGGAAAGAAACACAUGGGACUAAACACCUGAGCAGAAUGGAUUCAUUUUUUUUCCCCAAGGAGAAAAACAGGGUAAAAGGGGAGCAAGCAAUUCAGUUUAAAGUCCUUGUGAAUGGGCUCUCCGAAGGCAAUUAAAGAAAGCCACGCAGAGGACCUGGGGUGAAACUGGGGUCCUGUGGACUUUCUGAUAAGUGGAAGCAGGUUUUACACAUGCUGUUGGCAAAUGUCAGACGGGAAAAAAGGAGCAGGUUAAGUAACUGGCAAAAGAAACUUCCAGGUGGAAUGAGCAACCAGGUCCUGCUGCAAGCUUGAAGGAACCUGGAGCCGGAUGAGAAAGCAAACUUGAACAUGACCUGUUGCAUCUGGCAAGUUGUAGCAACAUGCUCCUAAAGAAGCGGUACAGGCAUGGACCGUGCAGACUUCAGUUCCUCCUGCUGUUCCUGAUGCUGGGAUGCAUCCUGAUGAUGGUGGCCAUGUUGCAUCCUCCCCUGCACACUGGGCAACAGGCUGUCACAGCCCAGGCCAACAAGCACACCCCUGAAAGCCGGUACCACCUGGACUUUGGGGAAUCUCAGGAAUGGGUCCUGGAGGCUGAGGAUGAGGGUGAGGAGUACGACCUCCUGGAGGGCCUGCCGCCCUUUAUCUCGCUGCGGGAAGAUCAGCUGCUAGUGGCUGUGGCUUCACCCAGGGCCAGAAGGAAUCAGAGCCAGGGCAGGAGAGGUGGCAGCUACCGGCUCAUCAAGCAUCUGAGCAAGAGGCCGGAUGAGGAAGCCCCAGAGAGGGACUGGGGGGCCGAGGAGGAGGAUGGGGAGGUAUCAGAAGAAAAGGAGAUGACCCCACUCAGCCUGGACUCGCAUGGCCUCAACGAGGCGCUCAGUGCCCGCCUGCCCCUUCACAGGGCCCUGCCCGAGGUGCGGCACCCGCUGUGUCUGCAGCAGCGCCCUGAGGAGAUCCUGCCCACAGCCAGUGUCAUCCUCUGUUUCCAUGACGAAGCCUGGUCCACCCUCCUGAGGACCGUGCACAGCAUCCUUGACACAGCACCCAGGGCUUUCCUGAAAGAGGUCAUUCUCGUGGAUGACCUCAGUCAACAAGGACAACUCAAGUCCGCUCUCAGCGAAUAUGUGGCCAAGCUGGAGGGUGUGAAGUUGCUCAGGAGCAAUAAGAGACUGGGUGCCAUCAGGGCCCGGAUGUUGGGAGCCACCAGGGCCACAGGGGACGUGCUGGUCUUCAUGGAUGCCCACUGCGAGUGCCACCCAGGCUGGCUGGAGCCCCUGCUCAGCAGAAUAGCUGAUGACAGGAGCCGUGUGGUAUCCCCAGUCAUAGAUGUGAUUGACUGGAAGACUUUCCAAUAUUAUCCGUCCAAGGAGCUUCAGCGUGGGGUCUUGGACUGGAAGCUGGAUUUCCACUGGGAGCCUUUGCCAGAGAAUGAGAGGAAGGCCCUCCGGUUCCCCAUCAGCCCCAUCAGGAGCCCUGUGGUAUCUGGAGAGGUGGUGGCCAUGGACAGACAUUACUUCCAAAACACUGGAGCCUAUGAUCCUCUCAUGUCACUGCGGGGUGGCGAAAACCUUGAAAUGUCCUUCAAGGCCUGGCUCUGUGGUGGCUCUGUUGAAAUCCUUCCCUGCUCUAGAGUGGGGCACAUCUACCGAAAUCAGGAUACCCAAUCCUCCUCCCUUGACCAGGAGGCCAUCCUCCGGAACAAAGUCCGCCUUGCUGAGAUCUGGCUGGGGUCAUUCAAAGAAACCUUCUACAGGCACAGCCCAGAGGCUUUUGUUUUGAGCAAGGCCGAGAAGCCAGACUGCACUGAACGCUUGCAGCUGCAAAGGAGACUAGGCUGUCGGACGUUCCAUUGGUUUCUGGCCAACAUCUACCCUGAGAUGUACCCAUCUGAACACAGGCCCAGGUUUUCUGGAAAGCUCCACAACAUUGGAUUUGGCUUCUGUGCAGACUGCCAAACAGAAGGGGACAUCCUGGGCUGUCCCAUGAGGCUGGCCCCUUGCAGUGACAGCCAGCAGCAACAGAGUCUCUUGCCGGCUGUGCUGACAACCAUUCCCUCUGUCCCAGCACCUGGAGCACACCAGCAGGAAAGAGAUCCGCGCUGGCAGCCCACAGCACCUGUGCUUCGAUGUCAGGCGAGAGCAGGUGAUUCUUCAGAACUGCACAGAGGAUGGCUCUGCCAUCCACCAGCAGCACUGGGACUUCCAGGAGAAUGGAAUGAUUGUCCACAUUCUUUCUGGGAAAUGCAUGGAAGCUGUGGUUCAGCAAAACAAUAAAGAUUUGUACUUGCGUCAGUGUGAUGGAAAAGUCAGCCAGCUGUGGCGAUUUGACCACAUCCACCCUGUGGAUGAACGAUGAAUGCCGGAAAGCAAGAGAACAUGGGCAAGUCACAGUUCUGCCCCAAAGGAACUAAAGGAGUAUGUUUAUAUCAUAAAGCAGAUUCUUUUGUACUUGUGCUUCUGAUGCAGGAGAGAAAGUUUUGUGAAUCAAUAUCAGAAGCCCCUUCUUUUCACCCCUUAUUUCAUUGACUGCUGGCUGUUUUUAAAAAAGAAAGAGUGGAUUCAUUGUCUUCAUCACUGGAGAUGAUCAACGUAUAUUACAGAAGAUUCCUCCCCCUCCCCCUUCUUCUCCUUCUUCUCCUUCUUCUUCUCCUUCUUCUUCUUCUUCUUCUUCGUACAUAACAAUUGCUUUUUGCUUUUAUCCCUGACUGGGAAAGACCUGGGCAAUGUAUGUCUGGCAGUGUUGGGUACAUCAAUCCAAUGGGUCAAUUUCUUGGUCUUCAAGUAGUAUUACCUUGGAUUAUCUGUGUGGCCAAAUAUAAAAAGUGAAAGAGCAAGAGGCUAUAAUUUUCUGACAGUCCAAAAACUUUGAUUAGGUUUAUAGGCAUGUUCAUUGGUUGAGCCACAGCUCAGAAGGAAGGAAAGGCACAGGGAGAAGGAGAGUAGGGUUGGAGAGAAGAAGGAAAGGAGCUUUGGCUCCACUCUCCAGCUCAAUUUAAUCAGUUGAAAAGAAUCAGCAUACCUGGGAUAAAAUAUUUUCAUUUUAAUGGGAAUUUUCUUGAAACCUUCUACCUCCAUUCACCUGCACUAACUCUUCUCUAGCUUGAUUCACCACCACCAGAUUAUAGUUGCAAUAGAUUUCACUUUAGUCAUUUUAUGUUAGAAGGAUCAGCACAGACUGAGCAUUCUCAUAACAAAUGUGUUUUCAUUUGAUAAAUUUCCUUGAUGCCCUGCUAUGGGAUUUGUAUUGACCUCACAAGAAACAAUGAACUUUGCAAAGGGGCAAAACUCCUUGGAAGGGAAAUGUGAGAGUCUGAGUCAAAAUUCUUACAAGAUGCUUACAAAAUUCUUACAAACAGUGCUGGGUGUUAAUGUCUGUGAGAUCUGACAGGGCCACCUCUGAGACCCUAGUAUUUGCUGGGACCCUUAAAUGUGUUUGUGGGUUGAAUUUCCAAAAGUUUGGGGACAAUACACUUUAAUUAGAGCAGAGAUAAGGCUAACAAAGGAGAAAUAGUUUUCCUUGCUGUGACCUAGUUUGGCUGUAAGAGUUACUAAGUGGGGUUAGUUCUGCUAUUUGAGAAAGCACCAUUUAUGUGCAUUUCUCUCCCAGAUGGAGCUAGCUUUCCACAUGGUAAGCUUAGAAACCUUCCCUUAAAGAUCCUUUGGGAUGUGUCAAAUAAGAAAAACUAGGUAGGAAAUGUUUCCAAAUAAUACCUAUUAUAACUAUAUAUUCAUUCUCUGCCUGCCAAGUCAAUGGCCCACUGCAUUUCUCCAUCCUUAGAAUGCAUCUUAGACCUGUGCUAAUAUGGUAGACGCUAGCCAAAUAUGGUGCAUUUAAUGGAAAUCCAUUAAAAUUAGACAAAAUUUUUAAAAAAUUCCUUGAUGUACUGGCCACAUUUCAAGAGCUCAAGAACCACACAUGGCUAAUGGCUAUUGGAAAUCACAGAUAUAGAACAUUUCAUCAUCACAAACACUACUACUGAACAGCAUUAGACACAUCACCUUUCUAGAGAAGAGAUUUUAACCACUGUCUUCUUGCUUCAGACCUGUCUCUAUUUAAAACCAUUUCCCCUAACAUCCUAAGGCUGAGAUGGAGCUAAAAAUUGUCAGAUGGCAACCUUGUAAAGGGUAUUAAUGGUUUAAGAAUAAAAAUUAAAUAAGACAUCUAUUUUUUUAAAGAAUCUUAUUGUUGUCAUUGUGGGUAUUUGAAGUUGCUGGGAUAAAUUAAUAUAAUUAAAUAAAAGGUUGAAUUCAA